AUGCCUCAAAACGAGCCCUCACCCCCGGGCAUCAGCCGCCUCCUCGCCAUUCUAGGCCUCCUCACGGCGCUGCUGGCCUCCGUCGUCUACGUGAUCGACCAGGACCUGGACCGCUUCUACGUCUUUGAGACGGAUCACCUGCACGAUCUGGCGCAGAGGGGCAUCGCCCAGCACGGCAACGACACAAGGGGCAUUGUCAAGUACAUUGUCGACGAGCUCAACGAAAAGGUGCCUGGAUAUGUGAAUCUCGACGAGGACUGGGUGUUUAACAAUGCGGGCGGCGCUAUGGGCGGCAUGUACAUUCUCCACGCCAGUGUAACUGAAUAUCUCAUCAUCUUCGGCACCGCCGUCGGCACAGAAGGCCACACCGGCCGCCACACCGCCGACGACUACUUCCACAUCCUCUCCGGCACGCAGAUGGCCUACGUGCCCGGCGAGUACGAGCCCGAAAUCUACCCGCCGGGCAGCGUGCACCACCUGCGCCGCGGCGACGUCAAGCAGUACAAGAUGCCCGAGGCCUGCUUCGCGCUCGAGUACGCGCGCGGCUGGAUCCCGCCCAUGCUCUUCUUUGGCUUCGCCGACGGCCUGACCAGCACGCUGGAUUUCCCGACGCUGUGGAAGACGACGUACAUUACGGGCCAGCAGAUGAUUGGCAAUCUGCUCAAGGGCAAGCUCUGA